UCCCUCUCUCCUCUUUUUAAUUGUUUGAGAGCAAAGCAGGAAAACCGAAGGCCAAUCGCCAAAGCUAACAAAAAAGAAUCGCAUCGAUCACACAAAACGAAAAGGAAAAAAAUAGUCAAAGCCCCACACCUUCCCUCCUUCGUGUUUCCUCUCUCUGCAUCCCUCCCCCUUUUUUGUUUCCCUGUUUUCUCUCUCUAAAUUCCCCUUUCUAUCCCUCUCUAGGUUUCGCCCCCCUUUCUGCUUCGAAUCCCUAAUUUUUAUCGGAGGUCAGAGUAAUGUUAAUUUGUACAUUUCAUGUUUGAGUUUUGAUUUGACAUUUCUUCUUAGAAUUUGAUGCUGGAAGAAGUAUGCCGCUGAUAGUUGGGAGAAAUGCAAAGGUAUCAUGCUACCAGCUGCACUAGUGCAGUCAAUAACAGUAUAGGAGGAGCCACAGCUAGGGAUAAUUCCCGUGCUGACUCAUCUUCACUACCAUCCAACUUCUCAUUGAAUUCUAGGCGGCAUUCUCAGUUAGCAUCCUACAAGUUAAAGUGCGACAAGGAACCUCUUAAUUCCAGACUCGGCCCCCCUGAUUUUCAUCCUCAGACCCAGAAUUGUCCUGAGGAGACUCUCACUAGAGAAAAUGUGCAGCAGGGAUAUAAGGAGACCAUUGAUGGACUGGAGGAUUCAAAAGAGAUUUCAUUGACUCAGGUUCAUGCAUUUACAAAGCCAGUUGUUCUAAAAUGCAAAGAUGCAAUUAGAAAGUGUCUAAGGGCUAUCAAUGAAUCUCGUGUUCAAAAGAGGAAGGCUGGUCAGGUUUAUGGUGUCCCCCUCUCUGGUUCACUGUUAAGUAAACCAGUGGUUUUCCCUGAACGAAGGCCGUGCAAUGAAGAUUUCAGAAAAAAAUGGAUUGAGGGCUUAUCACUGCAACACAAGCCUUUGUGUUCUUUGGCUGAUCAAGUACCUCAAGGGUAUAAGAAGAGAACCCUAAUAGAGGUUCUUAUCAGGAAUAAUGUUCCAUUGCUGAGAGCAACUUGGUUUAUCAAAGUAACAUAUCUUAAUCAGGUUCGUCCUGGUUCUGCAAUUUCUUCUGGAGCACCUGAUAAAUCUCAAUUAUCGCGCACAGAGCUAUGGACAAAAGAUGUUAUUGAUUACUUGCAGUAUCUUUUGGAUGAGUUUUUUUCACGAAAUAAUUCUCAUUCUGCUCAACAUGGUAGAGAACGAUUGCCACAAAUGGUUUAUGCUGGGUCUUCACACCAUAGGAGUGAUCAGGCACCAACAAUUAUUGAUGGUGAUGAACUGUCUCUUCACUUUAAAUGGUGGUAUGUAGUGCGGCUUUUGCAGUGGCAUCACGCAGAGGGAUUGGUUCUUCCUUCACUUAUCAUUGAUUGGGUUCUGAAUCAACUGCAGGAGAAGGAAUUGCUUGAGAUUAUACAGUUGCUAUUGCCUAUAAUUUAUGGAGUUUUGGAAACCAUCAUUCUAUGUCAGACCUAUGUACGCAAUCUUGUGGGUGUAGCUAUUCGCUUCAUCUGUGAACCUUCCCCUGGUGGUUCUGAUUUGGUUGACAACUCCCGGAGAGCUUACACAAUGUCUGCGCUGGUUGAGAUGCUUCGCUAUUUGAUACAGGCUGUGCCGGAUACAUUUGUUGCUUUAGAUUGCUUUCCUUUACCGACUUGUGUACUUUCACAUUCACCGAGUGAUGGUGGUUUUCCAUCCAAGUCCUCAGAUGAUGCAGAGAAAAUAAAAAAUCACUUGGCAGAUGUGUAUGUUGUCACAAGUAAAGGGUUUGAUUCUCAAUACCAAGCCUUGUCGUUUAAUCAUGUUGUUUCCACCAUCUGGAGACGCUCUGAUAAUCUUGCUAAAGGUGCAAGUUCUGGAUAUCCUAGCCAAAGUGUGGCAAAAGCUGUGCAGACCCUAGAUAAAGCCCUUUUGCAAGGAGAUCUGAUAGAUUCUUAUAAUCAGGUCUUCAGUGAUCUUUAUGAUCGAGCAGCUGGCGAAGGUUGGGUAGCAGCAGUCAGUCCAUGCUUAAGAUCAUCACUAAAAUGGCUUCAGACUGUGAAUUUGUCAUUGAUUUGCUCAGUUUUUUUCCUUUGUGAGUGGGCAACUUGUGAUUACAGAGAUUUUCGGGCUGCUACACCCUGUGAUGUGAAGCUCACCGGUAGGAAAGAUUUUUCACAAAUUUAUCUUGCAAUUCAACUUUUGAAGCUGAAAAUGAAGGAGCUGCAGAAACAACUGAAGAAGGGAAGGGCAUCAAGAAAGAAUACCAGUCAGCAGAAUAGCUAUUCCAGCAGGGAUUUGUUGGGAAAUACACAUGAGGCUAAAAGCAAUGGAAAAGGUGUGAAUGGAAGAAACUCUUCUGAUAUAUUUGACAGCCCAGGUCCUCUGCAUGAUAUUAUUGUGUGCUGGAUUGAUCAGCACGAAGGGCAUAAAGGAGAAGGUAGCAAGCGUCUUCAGCUUUUUGUGUUAGAACUCAUACGUUCCGGAAUUUUUUAUCCUCAAGCAUAUGUGAGGCAGCUGAUAGUUAGUGGAAUUAUUGGUACAAAUGGAUCAAGGGCUAACCAGAGAAGGAAGAGACACCAACAAAUCUUGAAGCAGCUCCCAGGGCAGUUUUUACUUGAUGCUUUGGAGGAAGCAAGAAUUGCUGAGGGCUCAGAACUACUUGAGGCUGUAAAUGUUUACAAAAAUGAGCGUCGUCUUGUCCUUCGUGAACUUUUUGAUUUGUCUAACAGUGUAAACGACUCUCAUGUACCAGCUAAAAAGCAAAACUAUCACUCUACCUCGGGAAGAGAUGUUGCUUCCCAAGUUUCAUGUGAUCAGAGGAAAACUGUUCAGGCUUUAAAGACUUUCAGGAGAGAAGUGAACCUUGAAGAACUGAAGGCUUCCAUCUCAUUUUUGUUGCAAUUUCCCAGUUCAACAUUUACUUUUUCUGAUGGUGGAGUGGAUGAGUCUCAAGGGGGUGUCAAAAGAUCUAUCGGGUCAACUUACAAUAGGGCGGAUUCAUUGGAAGGUACUCCUGGGUGUGAAGACUGUAAAAGGGUAAAAAGACAGAAAUUAAGUGAGGAUAAGAGUUUAUGUCUACAAGUAUCGUCACCAAUUCCAUCAGAUGACGAAGAUAAUUGGUGGGUGAGGAAGGGUCCCAAAAACUUGGAGUCUUCCAAAGUUGAUCCCCUACUUAAGUCGGCAAAGCAAGUAUCUCGUGUUAGGCAAAAGCCUGUCCGUAAAACUCAAAGUCUCGCCCAGUUGGCUGCUGCUAGAAUUGAAGAUAGUCAGGGAGCAUCGACAAGUCAUGUAUGUGAUAACAAGAUAAGCUGUCCACAUCACAGAACUGAGGUGGAGAAUUUGAAACCAUCUGACGGGGUCAAAACAACCCAUCAUGGAGAUAUUCUUUCAAUUGCAAAGGAUUUAAAUCAGCUUCGCUUUGUAGAGAAGAGGAUUGUCACUGCUUGGUUGCUAUCUGUAGUUAGGCAGCUUGUUGAAGAGUCCGAGAAAUCUAUUGCCAAGGUUGGCCAGUAUGGGCGGCCAUUUGUUGCAGCUGAUGAGAAGGGUCCUUUAAGGUGGAAGCUUGUUGAGGAUGAGCUAUCAGCCAUUCUGUAUCUAUUGGAUGUUUCUUGUGAUUCAAUUUCAGCUGUCAAGUUUCUCCUUUGGCUGUUGCCAAAAGCUAUUAGUAAUCCCAGUCCUACUAUUCAUGGUGCGAGAAACAAUAUAGUGGUGCCCAGGAAUGUGGAAAACUAUGCUUGUGAAGUGGGGGAGGCAUAUCUUUUGUCAUGUCUCCGAAGGUAUGAGAACAUACUUGUUGCCGCAGAUCUUGUGCCUGAAGCUCUGUCUGCUACAAUGUGUUGUGCUUCAGCUUUUAUAGCCACAAAUGGAAGAAUUACAGGUUCUGGAACCCUAGUUUUUGCCCGUUAUUUGUUGAAGAGGUAUGGCAACAUUGCCAGUGUGAAUGAAUGGAAGAGAAAUUUCAAGGGGACUUGCGAUAAAAGACUUCUCUCUGAACUUGAAUCUGGACGAACAGAGGGAGAGUUUGGGUUUCCACUUGGAGUUCCAGCAGGGACUGAAGAUCCUGAUGAUUACUGCCGUCAGAGGAUAACUGCUGGACGGUUAUCUAGAGUGGGUUUAAGCAUGAGAGAUAUUGUUCAGCGUCAUUUUGCAGCCAAUGCCCCGAAAAGCCCAGUCACUGAAAAAGGGGAUGAUGAUUAUCAAGUAGCACAACAAAUCAUCAUGAGACUAAUGGAUUGUUUUAGGCAGACUGGUGGCGCUUUUCAAGAAGGAGACCCAGGUUUGGUGUCUUCUGCUGUUUCUGCCAUUGUUAGCAAUGUUGGACCCACCCUAGCAAAGAUACUUGAUUUUACUGGUGGUAGCAAUUAUUCAAAUUAUCAGCCGCCUAUGAAUUCCUUGAAUUUUGCUAAGCGCAUAUUGCACAUUCAUUUAUUAUGUUUAUGCCUGUUGAAGGAAGCUCUUGGAGAGCGCAAAAGCCAAGCGUUUGAGAUAGCUCUUGCAACAGAGGCUUCUUCUGCUUUAGCAGGAGCUUUUGCUCCUGCAAAGUCCUCUCGGGGUCAGUUUCAGCCAGAUUCUCUUGAUUCUAAUCUAAACAUAUCUAGUGACAAUUCACACGGUUCUGCCAAAGCAACUUUUGGGAAAACUACCAAAAUGGCAGCUGCUAUUUCUGCCCUUGUCAUUGAGGCCAUUAUUCAUGGGGUUAUUAGCUUGGAGAGAAUGGUAACGGUCUUAAGACUAAAGGAAGGUUUGGACGUUGUUCAAUUUGUUAGGAGCACAAAAACCACUUCUAAUGGUAAUGCCCGAUCUGGUGGGGCUUUUAAGGUGGACAACACAGUUGAAGUAUAUGUGCAUUGGUUUCGAUUGUUUGUUGGGAACUGCAGAACUGUUUGUGAUGGACUAGUUUUGGAACUCUUAGGUGAACAGUCUGUUUUAGCUCUUUCAAGGAUGCAGAGGUUGCUCCCGAUUAAUUUGGUCUUUCCACCAGCUUACGCAAUAUAUGCUUUUGUUAUAUGGAAGCGAUUCAUUUUGAAUGUUAACAUUGCAAGUCGUGAAGAUAUCCAUCAAUUGUACCAGUCUUUAACAAUGGCCAUUGGUGAUGCCGUAAAACACAGACCUUUUCGAGAUGUUUGUAUGAGGGAUACUCAUGGAUUUUAUGACCUUGUAGCUGCAGAUACAACUGAUGCUGAGUUUGCGGCCUUGCUAGAGUUGAAUGGUUUGGACAUGCAUUUAAAAUCCAUGGCCUUAGUCCCUCUUCGUGCAAGGCUCUUUCUGGACACAUUAAUUGAUUGUAAAAUCCCUUCUGCCUUUACACAGGAUGAUGGGAGCAGGGUUUCUGGACAUGGUGAGUCUAAAGCGCUGCGUGCAGAGACUGGGUCUAAGCUUUUGGAUGAACUUGUCCGUGCAUUGGACACUCUGCAACCGGCUAAGUUUCAUUGGCAAUGGGUUGAGUUAAGGCUUCUUUUAAACGAACAAGCACUCAUUGAUAAGAUGGAGAACCAUGACAUGUCCUUGGUGGAUGCUAUUCGCUCUUCCUCACCCAGUUCUGAAAGAGCCUCGCCUUCUGAGAGUGAGAAGGUUUUCAUUGAGAUUAUCCUCACUAGAUUGUUGGUCAGACCUGAUGCUGCUCCCCUUUUCUCAGAGGUGAUUCAUCUUUUUGGGAAAUCGUUAGAGGAUUCAAUGUUGAUGCAGGCUAAAUGGUUCUUAGGUGGCUCAGAUGUUCUUUUGGGGCGGAAAACUGUUAGACAACGACUCAGUAAUAUUGCUAAAACUAAAAACCUUUCGACAAAAACACAGUUUUGGAAGCCUUGGGGAUGGUCCUAUUCAGGUGUUGAUACUGUGACAAACAGUAGAGUGAAGAAAAAGUCUGAAGUCGCCUCUCUUGAGGAAGGUGAAGUCAUUGAGGAGGGUAUGGAGUCAAAGGGGUGUGUGAAAGGGUCCACACAAGUGGAUGUUGAAGGUUCCAGUAACAGCCAGCAGCAUGUAACCGAGAAGGCUUUCGUUGAAUUGGUUCUUCCUUGCAUAGACCAAAGCUCUGCUGACUCGUAUAAUAUAUUUGCUAGUGAUUUGAUAAAGCAGUUUAACAUCAUUGAGCAACAGAUAAACUCUGUUACUCGUGGCAUAAGCAAGCAGACUGGCGCUGCUGCUUCUGGAAUUGAAGGUUCUACUAUUAAAAUUAAUAAUCGCAAAGGUACAAGAGGUGGUAGUCCUGGAUUGGCUAGGCGAACGCAGGCACCUGUGGAGUCUUCACCUCCUUCCCCAGCAGCUUUGCGAGCCUCUAUAUCAUUGAGAUUGCAUUUUAUUGUGAGAUUGCUGCCAAUAAUAUGUGCAGAUGGGGAACCAUCCGCACGAAACAUGCGGCACAUGCUUGCCUCUGUAAUACUUCGAUUGCUUGGAAGUAGGGUUGUACACGAGGAUGUGGAACUGAUGCCAUCUGUUGUAUCCUCAGAAAUGUCUGGAGAUGGUCUUUUUGAUCGCUUAUUGUUGGUUCUACAUGGGUUGCUGAGCAGUUGCAGACCAAGUUGGCUAAAGUCCAAGGAUGCUAAGGAUUUUUCUGGACUUGACCGUGAGUCAGUGGAGGGCUUGCAGAACGAAUUAGAUUCUAUGCAAUUGCCAGAGAGGAUUAGAUGGCGAAUCCAAGCAGCAAUGCCAAUAUUAUUUCAUUCUCUUCGCAACUCGAUCUCCUGCCACCCAUCUGCUGUUCCUAUUGGUGCUCUUAGUUCACUUCAACCUAGUGUGUCUGUCCCUGGAUCUUACACUGGAACUAUGAAUGCCCCUCAGAGACAGGCUGCAUUGGCACGAAAUGCAAAUAACAUGGCAGGAAAAUCCAAAUCAAUGCCAAUACUGCAGGAGAAUGAAAUGGAAAUUGACCCAUGGACACUUUUGGAAGAUGGAGCAGGAUCAGGUACAUCUUCUAGUAGCACUGUGGCUAUUGGCAGCAGUGACCAGGCUAAUCUUCGAGCCUCUAGUUGGCUUAAGGGGGCUGUGAGGGUGAGACGGACGGACCUUUCAUAUAUUGGCGCUGUGGACGAUGACAGCUGAUUUUAGGUUCAACUUCAUUUUAGAUUUGGUUAACGAGACCCCUCACAACAGGGGUGAGCAUGCUGGAAUCCUUGUGAAAGAAAUGUGGUGAUGUAGGCCAUGUAUUCGGCAUUGCAGAUUUACUGUCAUUUUAUGCCUCACCGCCAUCUGGGCCGUGUACUCAGAGGUGCGGUUCGAGCUUUGUUGUAUAUAUAGAGAUAAUUACUUCAGUUUACCAAUUGAUCAGGUAUAAUAUCUCAAGAAUUACAUGUAGUUAUUCUUGCUAAUCAAUCUUUUAGUGCCUU